CUUCAAAUCUAACUUCUCAUUCACGUUUUCAAGCUGAAUACAUACUUUUCUUCAAGCAUCUGCGUCGUCUAUGGAGAACAUAUUUCAAAUGAACAGCAACGCCAACAAUGAAACUCAUCUUCCACCUGGUUUUCGCUUUCACCCAACUGAUGAAGAACUCAUCACAUAUUACCUUAUUAAGAAAGUCUUGGACAGUAGUUUUACUGUAAAAGCUAUUGCUGAAGUAGACCUCAACAAGUGUGAACCUUGGGAUCUUCCUGGGAAAGCAAAGAUGGGAGAAAAAGAGUGGUACUUUUAUAGCUUGAGAGACAGAAAGUACCCGACGGGUCUGAGAACAAACAGGGCAACUGGAUCCGGGUACUGGAAAGCAACGGGAAAAGACAGAGAGAUUUAUAGCUCAAAAACAUCUGCUCUUGUUGGUAUGAAGAAAACUUUAGUGUUUUACAAAGGUAGAGCUCCAAAGGGUGGGAAAAGUAAUUGGGUCAUGCAUGAAUAUCGUCUUGAAGGCAAACUUGCUUACCAUUAUCUCUCUAGCAGCUCCAAGGAUGAAUGGGUAAUUUCAAGGGUGUUUUCAAAGAGUGGAGGAGGAACUACUCCUACUACUACUGCUUCUAGUAUUAUUAGUAUGAGUAGUUUUGGUACCAGUACUGGUGGUGGGGGAGGAAAGAAGAAGGGUCAUGGAAAUGGUGGUAGUGGUUCUGGUUGCAUCUAUUCAUCUGAAAAUAUUGGAUCUCCAAUAUCCUCAUCAACACUUCCGCCGUUACUUGAUUCAUCUCCAUACGUUCCACACGCAGCUGACCGUUCCGAUAGUUGUUCGACUUAUGAAAAUGAAAAUGUUGCUGUUGCACGAGAACAGCACGUGCCCUGUUUCUCCACUCUCACCAACGCUGGGAAUAACAACAACUUACUAAUGAUGAAUCAGAACCAUUCAUCGUCUUCUUCAGGAGGGUUUGGAUCAACAUCAUCUCCAUCGUUGAUGAUGAUGAUCAACCAAAGCAACAAUCAUCAGCAUCCUCAGGUAGUGGACCCACCAAUGCAGACGCAGCAGCAGUUAGGUUGGAGUGGAGAGUUAUCAGCAUUUCAAGGUCUGAGAUCAUUGCAGGAGAAACUUCAGAUGCCUUUCUUUUACUCUGCUUUAGCUCCUCCUCAUCAUGAUCAUCCUAUGUCAUCAUCUGACCCACCGCAGCAAUAUCAUCAGACAAAUGAGAUUAAUGGUGGGUGUAUCUCAGCUCGUACCAGCUGGAUGUUCAAUGAUCAUGCAUCUGAUAAUCAACAUCAGAAAGUAGAGAAGAAUCGUAUGCAGGUUGGGAAUACUGAGUUUGAUUGCCUCUGGACUUACUAAAUGAAGCAAUCAGG